AAAACCCACAACUUCUCUUUUUCUUGUGCAUUCAAAACUCAUCCUUUCUCUAUCUACACAUAACUCCAAAAAAUAUCAAUUUCUCUCUCUCUCUCCCCCCUUCACAAAACCACAUAGAAAAAGGUAGAAAGUCUCAUUCUUUUUACUCAAGAAUUCCUUUGUGGGUCUCUUUUGUGUGCAUCAUCAAUGGAUGAGAAAGGAAGAAGCUUGAAGAACAACAACAUGGAAGACGAAAUGGACUUGAAGAGAGGUCCAUGGACCGCUGAAGAAGAUUUUAAACUCAUCAAUUACAUUGCUACUCACGGAGAAGGUCGAUGGAAUUCUCUUUCUCGUUGCGCUGGACUCCAACGCACCGGUAAAAGCUGUAGGCUACGGUGGUUAAACUAUCUCCGCCCUGACGUUCGCCGUGGAAAUAUUACCCUCGAAGAACAACUCUUGAUCCUCGAACUUCAUUCCCGUUGGGGCAAUCGAUGGUCAAAAAUCGCACAAUAUUUACCGGGAAGAACAGACAAUGAGAUCAAGAACUACUGGAGAACGCGAGUGCAAAAACAUGCAAAGCAGCUUAAAUGCGAUGUAAACAGCCAACAGUUCAAAGACACAAUGAAGUAUUUGUGGAUGCCUCGGCUCGUCGAGAGGAUCCAAUCCGCCUCAGCCUCAGCCUCAGCCUCAGCCUCAGCCUCAGCCGCAGCCACCACCACCACCACGACAGGAUCAGCCGCCACGUCAUCUUGCAUCACAACCUCUAACAAUCAAUUCAUGACGUAUGAUUACAACAACAGCAGCAUGGGACAACAAUUUGGUGUAAUGAGCAACAACGAUUAUAUAACGCCGGAAAAUUCCAGCGUGGCAGUGUCUCCGGUGUCAGACUUAACCGAGUACUAUAGCGCUCCAAACCCGAACCCGGAAUAUUAUUCGGGUCAAGUGGGGAACAGUUAUUAUCCGGAUCAGAACUUGGUGGUGGGUCCAGAAAUGCUACCGGAGAAUUAUUUCGAUUACAGUGGAUUGUUAGAAGAAGAUUUUCCGGCUAUGCAGGAGCAGAGUAGCCUUAACUGGUUUGAAAAUAUUAACGGAGCUGCUUCUUCUUCGGACAGUUUAUGGAACAUUGGAGAAAGUGAUGAAGACUUCUGGUUUUUACAGCAGCAACAACAGUUCAACAAUAAUGGCAAUUUCUGAAUAUAGAUACAAAUAAAAUAGAAUUGUUAAAGUACUUAAUUAAACACGAAGUAUACGUGUGAAAGGAAUUUGUUUAUGGAAUAAUUAAAGACAAGGCAAUGUGUUUACGAUAUUUUAUACUAGGAUAUAUAUGAUCAGCUUUUUUUAUGCCAGGCUUGAUCAUAUAUUAUGGCGUUUUGACAAAUC